GCAGUGCCCAAUUGGAGCAUAAAUUGGCAAGCUGAACACGUUUGCCUCAACGUAGGGGAUUCUCUUAUCAGUUAUCACCUCUGGCCUUCUUCUCUUGGCAAAAUGAAGAAUCAACGGUCUGCGCACUUGGCCAUAGGAUUCACUUUAAUGCUUCUGAUUUCUGUUGCAGUCGGUCAGAGAAGGUGCCCGCCGGGGCACGCGUGUGGAGGGAUUUCUUCUCGCUGCUGUAUUGGACCUAUUUCUGACUACUUCCAGACCAACCAGUUUGAGAGCCUCUUCUCAAAGCGUAACUCGCCACUCGCCCAUGCACUCCAUUUCUGGGACUACAAUUCUUUCAUCACCGCUUCUGAUGACUACCAGCCUUAUGGUUUCGGCCGUACCGCCGCCUACGGCAAAUUCUUGGGGUUGAAGGAAGUUGCAGCUUUUCUUGCCCACGUUGGCAGCAAAACCUCCUGUGGAUAUGAAGCGGCUACAGGGGAACCAUUGGCAUGGGGCUUAUGCUAUAACAAGGAAAUGAAUUCUGUCUCGUCUUACUGUGAUGAGAACUACAAGCACACUUAUCCAUGCGCCCCUGGGGUCGCAUACUAUGGCCGGGGUGCUCUGCCUAUCUAUUGGAACUACAACUAUGGAGAAGCCGGGAAAGCCUUGAAGGUGGAUUUGUUGAACCAUCCAGAAUACGUAGAACAGAAUGCCACGCUGGCCUUCCAGGUUGCAAUUUGGAGGUGGAUGACGCCACUUAAGGAGCAUCAGCCUUCUGCCCACGAUGUCUUUGUGGGAUUCUGGGAACCCACAAAGAGUGAUACUUUGGCAAAGCGAAUUCCUGGUUUUGGAGCUACCAUGAAUGUCCUCUAUGGUGAUCAUGUUUGUGGUCAGGGUGAGAAUGAGGCCAUGAACAACAUGAUUUCCCAUUACUUGUAUUACCUUCGUCGUAUGGGUGUUGCCCGAGAAGAGGCAGGGCCUCAUGAAGUGCUCAGCUGUGCCCACCAGGUUGCUUUCAAUCCAUCCUCUUCCUCAUCUCCUUGACCUUUGUUUUGUUAAGCUGAUGCUUUUCGAGGAAAAUAGUUAAUAUAUAGCUAGCGUACUAAGAAGAUAUGUGAAGCUUUCCCCUCAGAGUUUGGACAACCUAUUCAACUUUGUGUCGUCGUGUGAAGCUCUAUAACUUGUUUGGGUGACUACUGCACUUGGGUAUUUGCUGUAUGACUCUUGAGACAAAUCUUGUUGCUUUCAAUCAAUCGUAACUAUAUAUACAAUGUGGAUUAUAUUUGUUGGAACUAGUGGCUCUGUUGUGCACGGAAUUAAAUUUAGGAUCCCAAAGAAGCUUGUAAAAUCCUUUUGUGCACCUCUGUCAUUUCUGAAUGUCAGGUCUCUCUCACAAGCACUAUCCCAAUGUCCAGAUGAUCGAGCCACAGUUUUCUACAAUGCAUGCCAACUUGAGGUGUUAGCUAGGAACCAUUAUUGUGUGGAAAUUUGAAUCCAGGUUGUAAAACCUAGCUAGCUA